UGACAUCAUCCACACCCGCAAGCCACACUCUUCUGCCCCGCGAGCAGAGAGUCCCUUCUCAUAACGGUCGACGCAGACCAUGCGUCGACGUUUAGCUGUCGCCUUCUUGCGCAUGCGACUCAACCAUCUGCCACGACCAGCCUAAUGGCGACCGAAUCGCAGGCUACCGGGCGGCCUCAUGCGCACGACCAACCUUCAGGAAGUUUUGACGAUGACAAUUUAAGCCCGACAAGUGACAAUAUAUAUGGUUCUAGCGAGCAAGCGCCCACGGAGAAAUCUCACAAUGACGGGAAUGAGCCGGGACAGCAGGACCAUGGGAAGGAAAAGCCGGCGUGGAGCGAGCUGAAAACUAAGGCAGGCAAGGAGAGAAAACGUCUACCGCUGGCAUGCAUUGCUUGUCGAAGGAAGAAGAUUCGAUGUUCAGGAGAAAAGCCAGCAUGCAAACAUUGCUCGAAAUCGCGCAUACCUUGCGUGUACAAAGUCACUACGCGCAAGGCCGCGCCUCGAACAGACUACAUGGCUAUGCUAGAUAAACGGCUUAGGCGAAUGGAAGAACGAGUGAUCAAGGCUAUUCCAGCCGGAGAGACAAGGGACAUGACAGCCAUCGGAAGAAGCCAGGUCAAACCACCUCCUCCGGGUCAGGGAAAGCAGCCGAAAGCAGUGCAAAAGAAACGAUCUGCCGAUGAGGCUUUUACCUCCGAAUUGAAUGCAUGGAUGGGUCAAGCAGGGAAUGUUACAACCGCUGAUGCAUUUCCCUUAAGUCGAGAAGGAAAGUCUUUGGAAGGCACAGGGUUGCUUACUGAAGGCGCCGAAUUUCUUCCAUCAGUAGAGAUACAAGAGCAUCUAUCAGAAGUAUUUUUCGACUGUGUCUAUGGGCAAUCAUAUCUUUUGCUACAUAAGCCAAGUUUUAUGCGGAAAUUAAAGGCUGGGACGAUCCCUCCAGUUUUGAUACUAGCUGUUUGCGCCGUAUCGGCUCGAUUUUCAACCCACCCGCAAAUCAAUUCAGAACCAGCCUUUCUCAGAGGUGAAAAUUGGGCUAAUCCUGCGGCAACAAUAGCAUUGAGUCGCCAUGAUGAACCCAAUAUUACAAUCCUUACGGUUUUUCUCCUCUUAGGACUCCACGAAUUUGGCACUUGCCAUGGCGGUCGAAGUUGGUCUUUCGGUGGCCAAGCCUUGAGGAUGGCUUACGCUUUGCAACUACAUCGAGAAGUUGAUAGCGAUCCUUUCGGUCAAAAUGGGAAAUUAUCUGAAUUGAGCUGCACGGAUAGAGAGAUAAGAAGACGCACCAUGUGGGCAUCUUUUUUAAUGGAUCGGUACAAUUCAUCAGGGAGUCAACGCCCUCCAAUUGGAAAUGAAAAGUUCAUCCAAAUACAGCUCCCAGUGAAAGAGUCUCAUUUCUUGAUGGAAAUCCCAGGCCCGACAGAAGACUUAAGCGGUGACGUACCAAAUCCUGUCCCUGAGGGGCAAGGUCAGAUAUCAGACCCGAAAGCGAAUAUGGGCGUCUCGGGGUAUAUAAUUCGCGCGAUCAUUAUAUGGGGGCACAUCGUCGAUUACCUCAAUCUAGGCGGGAAGAGGAAGGAUCCAUACCCGUUGUGGGAUCCUAAUUCUGGCUAUAAUAGGCUGAAGAAAGAGAUCGAAGUCUUUUCAUCCUCUUUACCAAAAUAUCUUGUAUUCAACACGGAAAACCUUCAAGAUCAUGCUGCUGAAAAGGUUGCUAACCAAUUCAUUUUUCUACACAUCAUUAUUCACCAAAAUAUUCUAUUUCUGAACCAGUUCGCUAUACCCUUGGCACCAGGUGGGCGUCCGCCGAAAGGAAUGCCCAAAGCAUUUUUGAGUGACGCUGGCCGAGCUGCAGUUGAGGCAGCGCACCAUAUUUCCACUUUGAUUGACAAGGCAAGCGGCCACUCCCUAACUGUUCCCUUUGCAGGUUAUUGUGCGUACUCAGCGAGCACUGUCCAUAUUUGGGGAAUAUUCUCCAAAAACGCCCAGCUAGAAGCUCGGUCAAAGGAAAAUUUGCGGCACACUUACCGCUAUCUGAAUCAGAUGAAGCGUUACUGGGGAAUGUUUCACUAUAUGGUGGAAAGUGCGAAAGAUCGAUAUCGACAAUUUGCCGAUGCGGCUCUUAGGGGACCCCUAGCCAAUGUUCCUUCAUAUAGUAGGGAACAAGCCCCGACAAUGUUUCAAUAUGGUGAUUGGUUCGAUAAAUACCCUCACGGAGUAUCCAGGAUACACUGGGAAGACCCGGACACAACUACUAUGAGUGAGACCGGUGACGAUGCAGUCAUGGGACAGCGCCCCGACCUUCAAAGUGUAGAGGACUUCUUUGCCAGUUUAUCACCUAGUAAUACGAUAAUGGGGCCGCGAAAACUGCCAAAGAGAUCGGACAACCAGCAGUCAUCUGUCCAUUCCUUACCCCAGCUAACCACGGACUUGAGUCUACAACCCCAAACGCUAGUUGACUUGACCAUGUCCAACGCGCCCGCUGUGAUGGAUUCUACUGGGGCUAAUUAUGCCGGCUUCAAUGACCCCGGGUUGUAUCGAAGUCCACCACAGGGCUUCGAACCGCCCACCUUUGAUUAUGGACUCCCGUCUGACCACAUCCCACAACUCGACCGACACUUUGUAUACGGCGAGUAUUCUGGAAUCAACCCGUCCACUCUGGCAUCUGGGGACUUGAGUAUACAUAAUACCGAGAACCCGCAGCAGCAACCACAGCCACAGGAUGUCAGCAACGAAUCUGUUUGGACAGAUGCAUUCACCCCGGCCGGCACGGGGGAAUUCCUACAGCCGAGCUCAUGGUUUCUGCCAUUCAAUCUCGAGCCGCUUGGUGCAGGACUGGGUGUUGGUGGUGAUAUGACAACAGGGCAGAUUCAAAGCCCAGGUGUCAAUGACAUGAAUGGAGGUGCUGGCGGUGCUGCGACGACUGAUGUUAACGUGAUGAAUCCAUAUAACCUAGCCAUGGGGAACCGGCAUGGCCCAAGUUGAUGACCCUCUUGUAUAUCAUAUAUAUAAUUUAUGUCGGAUGAAAAAGCUUUCUCUUCA